CAGUAACAUACUGUAAAUACACAGGAUUAUUUUUUACAGUGCAUGGUAGUAAAAGUGUGUGCACAGUAUGUUUUUAACACCUGACACUAGACACAGAUUUUCUGCACAUCUUACAGACUGCAGGAACAUGAAGGGGUUACAGUAUGAGAGAAUGAGCAGACAAACACGUGACUCAAACACAGAACCAGGAAACAGGAAUCACCUGAUUUCAGGGAAAGAGAAACUGAAGUGUAGUUGAGCUGUUGUGUGUUUGUGUCUCUGUAUUCAAGCAGUAAAAUGGCAGAAGCCAGAGUUUCUCAGGAUGAGUUCAUGUGUCCAGUGUGUCUGGAUCUCCUGAAGGAUCCAGUGACCAUCCAGUGUGGACACAGUUACUGUAAGAUCUGUAUUACAGACUGCUGGGAUCAGGAGGAUCAGAAGAGAGUCUACAGCUGUCCUCAGUGCAGACAGACCUUCAGUCCAAGACCUGCUUUAUCUAGAAACACCAUGCUGACUGAAGUGGUGGAGAAACUGAAGAAGACCAGACUCUCUGCUGACUGUUACGCUGGAGCUGGAGAUGUGCAGUGUGACGUCUGUACUGGAAGAAAAUACAGAGCCGUCAAGUCCUGUCUGGUGUGUGUGGAGUCUUACUGUCAAACUCAUUUUGACCAUCACGAGGAGUUUCAUUCACGUAAACCACACAAAGUGACCGAAGCCACUGGACGACUGCAGGAGAUGAUCUGCCAGAAACAUGAGAAGAUCCUCGAGGUUUUCUGUCGCACUGAUCAGAAAUGUAUAUGUGUGCUGUGUACAGUUACUGAACAUAAAAACCAUGACAUUGUAUCAGCUGCAGAUCAGAGGACAGAGACACAGAAGCAGCUGAAGGAGACACAGAAGACGCUCCAGCAGAGAAUCCAGCAGAGAGAGAAAGAUCUCCAGCAGCUGAGAGAGACUGUGGAGUCUCAUAAGCGCUCUGCACAGACAGCAGUGGAGGACAGUGAGAGGAUCUUUACUGAGCUCAUCCGCUCCAUUGAGAGAAGCCGCUCUGAGCUGAUACGACUGAUCAGAGAUCAGGAAAAGACUGCAGUGAGUCGAGCUGAAGGACGACUGGAGCGACAGGAGCAGGAGAUCAAUGAUCUGAGGAGGAGAGACGCUGAGCUGGAGCAGCUUUCACACACACAGGAUCACAUCCAGUUCCUGCAGAGUUUCCAGUCUCUCUCAGCACCUCCUGAAUCUACAGACGUAAAUGAUGAUCUCUUCAGUUCUCUCUUCUCUUCUGAUGCUCUGAGAGAAUCUGUCCAUCAGCUGAGAGACAAACUGGAGGAUUUCUGCAAAGAGCAGCUCAAGAAGAUCUCAGACAGAGUGCCAUUCACCAGCAUUGAUCUCUGGACCAGGAACGACUUCCUACAAUAUUCCCAUCAGCUCACUCUGGAUCUGAACACAGUGAAUAAACUCCUCCGUCUGUCUGAGAACAACAGAGUGAUUACUGGCACUAACACAGAUCAGUCGUAUCCUGAUCAUCCAGACAGAUUUGAUGUGUGUCAGGUGUUGUGUAGAGAGAGUGUGUGUGGACGCUGUUACUGGGAGAUUGAGUGGAGUGGAGAUAAUGUGGAGAUAUCAGUGUCAUAUAAGAGCAUCAGCAGGAAGGGACGGGGUAAAGAGUGUGUGUUUGGAUCUAAUGAUCAGUCCUGGAGUUUGAUCUGCUCUCCUGACAGUUACUCAUUCAGACACAAUAACAUACAGACUGAUCUCUCUGUGAAGUCCAUCAUCAGGAGAAUAGGAGUGUAUGAUGAUGAUAAUGAUCAAGAGGAGGAGGAAGAGGAGGAGGAUGAUGAUGUAGUCAGGAGAAUAGGAGUGUUUGUGGAUCACAGAGCAGGAACUCUGUCCUUCUACAGCGUCUCUGACACAAUGAGCCUCAUCCACACAGUCCAGACCACAUUCACUCAGACGCUCUAUCCUGGGUUUUGGGUUCGGUUUGGAUCAUCAGUGAAACUGUGUUGAUGAAUCAGAAUAGACUGAUGAGAGAUUCUACCCAUAAUGCUUUGAGCUGCAUGAUGAAUCACUAACAGUGAGAUGUUAUAGAGCC